AUGCCCCUCGAGUCAUGGGGCAAGGUUAGGAUUCUCGCUACCAAAGGGCCUCAACUCGACACCAAAUCGAUGAAAUUAGUCCAAUUUCUUGGAGAAGAAUAA